UGUGCCACUGUAUAUAAUUAUAAUAAAUAUUUUAUCAGGUAUGAUGGCUCUGAUAUGUUAGCAGAUCUCAGGAUGGAGCCUAGUGGACAAUUUGAAAAGUUUUGCCUUAUGUCAUCCACGGAUUUUGAAUAUUUGUUAGGUAAAGUUGGACCUUAUAUAUCCAGACAAGACACGGUGUUGAGAAGAUGUAUACCAACACAAGAAAGAUUAGCUAUGACGCUACGUUUUUUGGCUACUGGAGAUAGUUUUAAAAGCUUGUCAUAUCUAUUUAAAGUUUCAACCCAAACUGUAUUAAGAUGUGUACAUGAAACGUGUUCUGCAUUAAUUGAUGAACUAAGAUAUGGAAUAAAGUUGCCUGAAAAUCCUGAAGAAUGGUACAUGGUAGCAAAUGACUAUGACACCAAAUGGCAGUAUCCUCAUUGUGUGGGUGCAAUUGACGGUAAACACGUCAUUAUUCAAUCACCUAUACACAGUUUUUCUGAAUUUAUUAAUUAUAAAGGUACAUUCAGCAUAGUAUUGAUGGUUUUAGUUAAUGCCAAUUAUUGUUUUUUGUACACAAACGUUGGAUGCCAAGGAAGAAUUAGCGAUGGAGGAGUUUUUAAAAAUACUUCUCUUUCAAAAAAUAGGUAAUAAUCAAUUGAUGUUUCCUCCUGACCAACCAUUAUCACCAAGGACUUUACCAAUUUCUUUUGUAUUUGUAGCGGACGAUGCUUUCGUCCUUAAUCCGCGUAUUAUGAAACCCUAUCCAGGGACAUACGGUAAAAGGAGCAUAGAAAGAAUUUUUAAUUAUCAUCUCUCGCGAGCUAGACGCGUUAUUAAAAAAGUAUUUGGUAUUAUUGCUGAAGUAUUUCGGGUUUUAAGAAAACCAUUAUUAUUGGAACCAGAAAGAGCUGCCAAUAUUACAACGACUUGUACUUUGUUGCACAAUUUUUUAAGAAAAAGUAGAACAUCAAAGCAAAUUUAUACUCCUCAAGGUACAUUUGACAACGACAAUGAACAAGGAUUUAUUCCAGGAACAUGGCGUCAAGACCAAGGAGACUUGACUUCUUUAUUACCGCUUCGGAGAGUACCGAGGAAACCUGGAGAGCAAGCUAAGGUCAUUAGGAAAGAAUUUUCAGAUUAUUUUAUUACUUCAGGCAAAGUAUCGUGGCAGGAAAACUAUUAAUUUUAAUCAAUUUAAUGAAUUUAAUUUUUUAUCUUAUAUUUAUUAUUAUUUUACUUAUUAGUAUUAGAAAUGUAAAUUUAAAUAGCACAUUUAACUUGUUUUAUAAGGCUUAGAUUUAAAAAACCCAGCACAGGGAGGUCGCUAUUUAUUUUUUUCUAAAUAUAAAUUGUAACACUAAUGAAAAAACUUGAAAAUGUGUUUUUUAUUUAAAUAUGCCGCUCACAAAGUUAAGGAAAAAUUUGUUCGUUGAAUAAAAUUUCUGUAGUAUUUUUCACUUAAAUGAUAAAACUAUAAAAAUUUGGCCAAAUAAUAAAA